CGUGUUUCUUGUGUAAUAAAUUAUAAUAAAAUUGAAAUGUUGCAAAAUAAAAUCAUUUUAAUAAAUUAGGAGUGCAUAAAGUGCUGCAAGUAGUAGUGUCAACCCGUUCAUACAGUUUCAUCUGGUCAUGCAAAAGUGUACCCUAUUCUCAUCAGUGUAAGAAAUAAUACUACCGUAAUCAAAGCGACCUGACCAUGACGCGAAAAGCGAUCGACGUAGUAGUGGAAAUCUAAUUUCUAAUACUAGCAUCGCAAGGGUAAAUUUACACUGCAACCCAUCUGGAUCGACGUUACUCUUAUAAUUUCCUGCUGCCCUGGUACUUUUUUACGAACAUGGCUCACCGUGCGCCGUCACCGUCACCGUCCCCCGCUACUCCCCGUUCUCGUAUUCUCCAGCACAGUGACUCAGAGCCGGCGUUAAACUCGCCUACCGACAAAAAUGUUGCUGCCUGUUUGAAGCGCAAGUUUGAGGGUAAAGAUGAUUACGAAUCACGAUCUCUGCUAGCGGAAAUACGCAUGAUGUUCUUGUCUUUCACUAUGGAACAAGAUAAAAAAUUGGAUAAAAUACAGGAAUCAAUAAACGAAAUUAGAACGCAAAAUGCGGAAAUAUACAAAAGUAUUGAAUUUUUGUCACAGGAACAUGAUGAGUUUAAAAACCGAUUGGACAAGUUUGAGGCCGAGCGUAAAGAGCAUUUAUCUUAUAUUUCUACUCUUGAAAAUAAAAUUGAAAACCUUGAAAGGAAAUCCAUUAACACUUGUGUUGAGAUUCGAAAUAUUUCAAAAUUAAAGCAAAAUGAGACCAAGAAUGACCUACAGGAUAUCAUUUCUCGUUUGGGCUCUAAACUUUCUUUGAAUAUACAACCCUCAGAUAUUAAGGAUAUUUAUAGAUCAUAUGCAAAAUCAGAGACUCACAAGCCGAUUAUUGUAGAAUUCACAAGUGCUCUAAUGAAAGAAAAUCUCAUCUCUAACUUUAAAAAGUUUAAUAAAAUAAACGCCGGCGGUAGAUUCAGUACCACGAUUAUUAACAUAGCAGGCCCCGCUCGACCAAUUUACUUGUCCGAGCUACUAACCCGCAAAAGUAAAAGAAUCUUUUUCUUGGCGCGUGAUUUUGCAAAAACACACGAGUAUUCUUUCUGUUGGACCGCGCGUGGGCAUAUAUACCUACGUAAACAAGAAGGCGCUCCGCAAAUGCGCGUAGACACAGAAGAAGACUUAGCUAAAUUAAAGACAGGCUCUGUAUGACUAGAAACUAGAUUUUUAGAUACCUCUUUGCAACGUUAUAAUAGUGUAAUGUUUAACUGGACUUACGAUUAUUGCAUAAUAUGUUUUAUUUCUUUGCUAAUGUUGUUUUGCGCCUACAAAUUGAAAUAUCCUAAUUUUUACACAAACAGUGUGUUUUUCUUACGUAAACAAACAGAUUCACAAAAUACACAUUUAAUACAAAUACACCUUUCUACUAAACAUCUUACACACACAUUUUUGUACACAUUUUUAUACACCUCUGUACAAAUUAUUUUAUAUUAUACACAUUUCUAUAUAACUACUGCUUUCAGAAAUUUUACGAAUUUGAAAGUUUUUAUACUCCAUGGCCAAACCUUUUAUUUUUACUUUAUAAUGACAAAUACACGCAUGCGAGUGAAUUAUUAUGAUAAAAAAUCAAGAUCCACAAAUAAAUUAUAUUUUAAACUUAAAAUUUUGUACCUGGCUUUUAAAGCUGUUCAUUCUAUAAUAGUUCAACUAGAAAUUUUAGUUUUUAGCUGUGGAUUUUGACAUUAGAGAUAUAAAUACUGAUCUCCAAAAUGUAGGUAACAUGAGCUCAUAUGAGUGUGAAGCCGAAUUAUGUAGUAAUUAUAUCCCAAACAAUGAAAAGUCGUUAAAAAUCUUUCAAAUGAAUAUUCGUAGUAUAAAUUCUAAUUAUAACGGGUUACAGGUCCUAUUAAAACGAAUAAGCUUACAAAUAGAUAUCAUUGUUUUAACAGAGUGUUGGCUGAAAAAUGUCACUCAAAUACCUACUUUAGACGGGUAUACAACUCAUUACACUAAAGAUUUGUUAAAUCGAUGCGAUGGAGUUAUACUAUAUAUAAAGAAUGAUCUUAAAUGUACUAUAUCUUUUCCAAAUCUGCUUGAUGCGAGCUCGAUAAUGUGUAACUUAAAUGAUAAUUUAUGUCUCGUUGCUAUUUACCGAUCUCCUUCUUUCAAACAAAUUGACAGGUUUCUGAACAGUUUCACUACGGUUAUAGCUAAUUUGGUUCAUUACAAGUCUCUUGUUACUGUGGGAGACAUAAAUAUAAAUAUUUCUCAACUAAGUAAUGACAAUCGUUCCCAUGAGUAUUUAAAUCUUAUCAGUAGUCAUGGUCUCCUGCCAACCCAUUUUUUCCCAACACAUAACAAAAGCUGUAUAGACCACGUACUACUAAAAACUCAAUUUAAAUCCACUACACUAGUUUUAGAUGCAUCAGUUACGGAUCACUCGCCAGUAAUCGUGAACCUAGACAUGAAAAUUCCUAGACAAUAUGUUGCGAAAAAUCGACAGAUUAUUGAUUACACAAGUGUUCAAAAAAGCAUAGAUGCACAGGAUUUUAGUAAAAUAUCGGAGAUACAAGACCCAAAUCAUGCUGCUAAACUGUUAGUUGACACUCUGAGUGAUAUUAUUAAGUCAAACACAAAAAUAGUCUGUUCAACACGAAAAAAAGUAAUAAUCAAACCCUGGAUCACUCCUGGGCUUUUAAAGUGUAUUAAACAUCGGGAUCGAUUACACAAACAACUUAAGAACUCGCCAGACAAUAAUAUCUUAAAAAUAACAUACAACCGAUACAAAAAUUUUUGUAACAAUCUUUUAAAACGG